AUGGCUCCCAAAUUCAAAGAUGGAGAUGCCGUUGUGGCGGUGAAUGGUAAAUGGGUAUCAUGGACACACACAAUCGUCGCUUAUACGGCAUUCUUGAGCGCUCUUGUAGUGGGAAUGUCCCUGCAUUUCCACAAGAUCGUGCAGAACGAACACUACGGCUAUCCCCAGGAAUGGUUCCCUUCGGUAUCCGCCACGAUCGGUGAUAGAUAUCCCGAACGGUCGUUCUUUCAAGUCUUUAUCGCUAUCACUUCGGGUCCUCGAUUCGCUCUCGUGUUCCUUUGGUACAUUCUCACUGCGCGGCCGAAUUCGACCCUCCCUAAGGUCGUCGCUGGUGUUGGACUGUUCCGAACUUUCACGUGUGGUGGAUGGACAUAUGUCACCUCGACCGAUGACCAUGAUUGGCAUGAUAUCUUCAUGAUCUCGUAUCUCGUUGCAACACUGCCCUGGACCCUUGGCUGUCUCGCCCUCAGCCCCAACAAUCGCCGCGCUGUGAAGUACCGAAAGAUUAUGGCGAGUCUGUUCUUUGGCACUCUAGUGCCUUUGAUCUACUAUUUCAUUCAGCACAAGGUGCAUAAGGUUCCUGGUGCCUAUACCAAGUACGCAUUCUUCGAAUGGUCACUCAUUCUAUUCGAUGUUGGUUUCGAUGCGGUCACGGCAUUGGAUUUCGAAGCUUUCGAGAUUGUGGUGAGGGAUAUCAAAGGGGUCAGCAGAGGGCAGUUGAAGACUACCGCGGACGCCGUCCUCGAGAAAGAGAAGGGCAAGCCUGUUGGAAAUACCUUUGGCGAGGGAUUUUUCUGGUCCGAAGUUCUAGACGCUGCCGCGGACGUUUACAACGGAUUUGUUUUCUGGUCGAUGGCGACUGCGCUUGGACUUCUUGUCUGGUACUUUCCUCUUUGGCACAUGGGUAUCUCGGGAUAUGAAGUCGCUAUCGUUGCCUACAUUUCACCUCUCCUUCUUGCGAUUCCCACCUUGAGAUCGGCGGCUACUCGAUUCCCACGUCUCUUCCAUCUUCUGUCGCUCUCCGGUCUGCUGGCUUACAAGGUCCGGGAUCCAACCAACAGACUCUUCGUGACAACCUUCAGUGUGGCAUGCAAUUGUAUCACAUGGUCCGCCAUUUUCAAUGCAGAGAAAGCCCAGAGCUCUCGACUGGAAUCGCGAAUCCUCGCCUGGGGCAUUGGUUUGAUCAUGUCUAGUGUCGCCAAGUUUGCUUGCAGCACCAACAAUCCUGUCUGGCCUACCAUGCAUGCAGAAAAUGGUGGAUGGAAUAAAAUGGGUUUAUUCCUUGGUGUACUAGCUGUUCUCCGGUCUCACAGGAAGCCCGCUCCCAGCGGAGGAGAUUACUUCCCGUCGACUGGUAAGAAGGGCUCUUCGUUGCUGGCCGCCUUCGGUAUUGGUGGUCUCAUGUUUUCCUUGCACUCCCUUUUGUCUGAUUCCAGUACCAUGAUCUCCUGGGUCUGGGAAGGUUACCCGGUGAGGGGGCCAAUUGCAGUGCCUCAUGGUGUGCUUACGAUCUUCGCAAUGGGUGCCGGCCUCCUAUAUGGCUUUUACUGCCCGCGCAUUGCGGGGAGCUGGACCGCUUACGGCAUUGGCUCUCUUGGUGCCGCCCUGCUUACAUGCUAUAGCCACUGGACUGGCUUCUAUGGCGCUCUUAUCCUUGCUUUCUAUCUCAUGGCAGUCUCUUCGGUUCUGAUCACUUCGGCUACCCGUCAUUCCCCUGCAAUGACGUUUGGUGUUGGUGGCCUUGUUUACGUCUUUCUGAUCCUCUUCCAUGUCUGGGUGGUUGCAUACGCGUUCGUGCCCGGAGGACCCCUAGUCCGAGAACACACAGACUGGCUCAUGGCUACCACCAUGAUCUCCAUUGGAGCCGGGGUCUUCUCAGCCGCAACCUCAAACUCCGCUGCCCCGAAAGCCAGAACAAUCAACCCCAGCGGUAGGAGGCAGCGUUCAUACUAUGUGUACGUCCUUGCCGUGUUGCAGCUUCUCUCCGUUGUCUUCGCGUACCUCCGCUUCCCCACCAAUGACUAUACCCCAUAUCACAAGGAGGACAAAGUCGCCACUCUCGGCAUUUGGACGGUUCACUUCGGUCUCGAUAAUGAUAUGUGGUCUUCUGAGCGUCGCAUGCGUGAUGUCAUUAAGGAGCUCGAGAUCGAUGUAAUUGGCUUGCUGGAGUCCGAUAAUCAGCGCAUUAUCAUGGGCAACCGCGAUAUCACCCAAGUAUUGGCUGAAGAGCUUGGAAUGUACGCGGAUUUCGGACCAGGUCCCAAUAAGCACACAUGGGGCGCUGCGCUGCUUUCUAAGUUCCCCAUCGUCAACUCGACUCACCACCUGCUGCCCUCGCCCGUUGGUGAACUCGCACCCGCCAUUCACGCCACCCUGGAUAUGUACGGUGAGAUGAUCGAUGUCGUGGUCUUCCAUUCCGGUCAGGAGGAAGAUCCGGAGGAUCGUCGUCUGCAGUCUCAGUACCUGGCAAAACUCAUGGGCGAAUCUCCUCGACCAACGAUCUUGCUGAGCUAUUUGGUUACUAAGCCACUCGAAGGCAAUUACAACACCUAUGUCAGCGAGUUGAGCGGCAUGAAGGACAUCGAUCCCACGGAUUGGGACCGCUGGUGCGAAUACAUUCUUUUCAAGAAGUUGAAACGCACAGGUUAUGCCAGAAUCAGCCGGGAUAGCAUCACUGACACCGAGAUUCAGGUUGGCAAGUUUGUUAUCGGAGAGCCGGAGCCCGAGAAUGAGAUGCGUAUCCCUGAAGAGAUGAUUGCCGAGGGCCGUCGGUUCCCCUCGAUGUUCCGUGGCCAGGGAGUUCGUGGUCAUCGUUAUCAUGUCUUUGACGAGCCAAGAUAUUGGCAAUAA